CCUCCCCCACCCAAGGUCCGCGCGCUCCGCUGCGGGGUGCAGACCCCAGGAGCCCUCCCGGGGUUGGGGCGCAAGAGCGGAGGCGGGGCCAGGGCGGAGCCGGCACACAGCCCACUACCCACCCACCGAAAGCGAAAGCAGAGGAGGCCAGGAAGGAAAGGCGGAGCUGGCCCGGAGCCCCGCCCCCUGCCUUGCGCGCUGCCAGACCGCCGGGCGCGCCCAAGUACGGGGGGCGCCGAGCGCGCAGUGCGGACCCUCGCGGGUACCUGCGCGGCCGCCACCAUGUCUCAAGAAGGUGUGGAGCUGGAGAAGAGUGUCAGGCGCCUCCGGGAGAAGUUUCAUGGGAAGGUCUCCUCCAGGAAGGCGGGGACUCUGAUGAGGAAAUUUGGCAGCGACCACACUGGAGUGGGCCGCUCCAUCGUGUAUGGGGUAAAGCAGAAAGACGGACAGGACCUGAGUAAUGACCUGGAUGCCCAGGACCCACCAGAGGACAUGAAGCAGGACCAGGACAUCCAGGCAGUGGCAACCUCCCUCCUCCCGCUGACGGAAGCCAACCUGCGCAUGUUCCAACGUGCCCAGGAAGACCUCAUCCCUGCCGUGGACCGGCAGUUCGCCUGCUCCUCCUGUGACCAUGUCUGGUGGCGCCGGGUGCCUCAGCGGAAGGAGGUGUCCCGGUGUAGGAAAUGCCGGAAGCGCUAUGAGCCAGUGCCAUGUGACAAGAUGUGGGGCGUGGCUGAGUUCCACUGUCCAAAGUGCCGGCACAACUUUCGGGGCUGGGCACAGAUGGGGUCCCCAUCCCCUUGCUAUGGAUGUGGCUUUCCGGUGUAUCCGACACGGAUCCUCCCUCCGCGCUGGGACCGGGACACAGGGCACCGCAGCACCCACACCCACUCCUGCUCAGCUGCUGACUGCUACAACCGGCGAGAGCCCCACGUGCCUGGGACAUCCUGUGCACACCCCAAGAGCCGGAAGCAAAACCACCUGCCCAAAGUCCUGCACCCCAGCAACCCCCACAUCAGCAGUGGCUCCACUGUGGCCACCUGCCUGAGCCAGGGGGGCCUCCUAGAACACCUGGACAACCUCAUCCUGGAGGACCUGAAGGAAGAAGAGGAGGAGGAGGAGGAGGAGGAGGAGGGCGGGCACGGGGAGUGACCCCUGCCAGGUGCAGAUGCGAACCAGACACAGUGUGUGGAUAUUUUGUGUUGUUAUAAAAUAUGAGCUCAAACUGAGAUCUAAGUGCCCUUGGGGAGCCACCUGGGUCGGAGAUGCUGGCAGGGGGAUUCCUGGGUCCUGUUUUCAGGGUCCUGGGGGGCAGAUCCACAGUGGGAAGGUCUGUGGGACAUGGCUCACACUGAACCACGAGAUGUGGCCAGGACAACUUGGGCUCCUGGUGACAAACAUCCCCUGGAACGUGGGGGACAGAUGGACAGAUGAUCACAAACUCAGGGGCCGGAUCAGCAUGGCAGCCUUCUUGAGAGAGUAAGCCCCUCCACGAAACUCAGCCCAAUAGACGCCAUCCUGGUAGCGGUUACGGUA